AUGGGUGCAGAUUUGAGACUUCUGUGCUGUUGCGUACUGCUGGGUUACAGGGAAGCUUAUGUGGAAAGCGAAGAGGUUAAAGAGAUCGGUGGAAUGAACUCGGGAUUCAGCAGGAAAAAACCGGUCCAGGAACGAAAGAACGCCCCAAUUGGUGAUGGUUUCGAUGAUUCGGAUGCGUCCGAACUGAACAUACGUGUCAAAGACCGUGCGGGUGAUGACGUAACGGCCAUUGGAAAGAGAAACCGUAUGGGAUUAUUUUUAAAAGUCAACAAACUAACGUCUAUCCUGUAUUUUCGUGAACUCUUGAACUCUCUAAGGGCUUUAGUUGCCGAUAGCCUAGUGGUAAUUGCUGUUGGUGUUGUGGAUGAACGCAGUUUGUCACCCGAUGAUGCUGUGGGUUCAUCGAGAGUUCUUCCUGCGACAUCGCCAUUGGAUUUUGAUGCUGUAGCCAGAGCACCGCAUUUGACAGUUUCACAACUGCAUGGGAUGCUGCAGAUUGACGUAUUCGCUUCCAAAUACCCUCAUCUUGCAAAACUGGAUGAUUUAGAUAUCUCUCUGCUGUCCCGUUAUCUCUAUACUGAGGAGGAAGUCAAAGAUGAGGAUGUUCCAUGGACGUGGGAUUACAUAUUCGCCUCCGUUUCUGCCGAAUUGCGAGAGGAAUGGGCACAAGAGGAAGCUGAUGAUUAA